AUGGCCCAGCCACCGGCGGCGACGACUCCGGCAGCGGCGUACGGGUGCGCGGCGUGCGGCGCGGACCUGAACCUGUCGGCCUCCCACCUGUACCCGGCGAGGACCUACUUCGAGGCCGGGAACAAGGGCACGCUGUCCUUCAGCUGGGUGGACGAGUCGCGGCUGCGGUUCGCGGCGGAGGACCGGAUCCGCCCCUUCUUCGAGACGCUCGACUACUGGGGCAUCCAGCGGAAGCGCACCCGCGUCAGCUGCGACGCCUGCGGCAAGCUCCUCGGCCACGUCUACGACGACGGGCCCCCGCUCAUGGACGGCACCGGCCAGCUCGGAAUGGGCCCCAGCCAGGUCGUCCCCCGCCGGCCCAGGUACCGGUUCAAGGUCAAGGCCGUCACCGCCGCCGGUUCCUCCGCCGCCGCCGCGCGCUGA